GCUGAGGCCCAGAGCAGGGAAGGAACUUGCUCAACGCCACCAAACUUAAAAGGAAACUGAGGCCACAAGCUUCGUAUGGAGGCCCACUGAUUUCCAGCUCAAAGGUCUUCCCAUUGCUCCUCUCCCCUUCCUCACAAGAUCCAUGGUCUCUUGUUGGUGAGUUCAGCAUCCUCAUCCUACCCUGCUGCUGAGGCCUCCUAGGGCCAUGGAGACUCCCAAUGGGACAGAGCCUUGGUACGAGAGUCUGCAGGCAGUUCUGAGAGCGCUGAAUGCCACACUACACAGGAGCCUUCCUUGUCGACCAGGGCCAGGGCCAGGACCGCUGCUGGGGAACCAGACCCAUGCUGGCCGAAAUGACAAUUCCUACAUGUACAUCCUCUUUGUCAUGUUUCUCUUCGCUGCCACAGUAGGCAGCCUCAUCCUGGGCUACACACGCUCCCGCAAGGUGGACAAGCGCAGUGACCCCUACCAUGUCUACAUCAAGAAUCGCGUGUCUAUGAUCUGAUGCUGUGGAGAUGGCAAGGAGGUGGACUCAAGCAUUCUGAGGCUGGCAGAGGUUCGAGGCCCCUGCUGGGAAGCGGAAUGCCAAGUUUGCAGCCUUUCAGAUUUCCGAGGUUGAAUCUGGCUACCCCAAAGUUCACCCUAGGAUUUAGAGCUAGGUCCACAUUAAGUCCAACCCUCUCACUUUACAGAUUGUGAAAACUAAAGACCAGAUUGGGACAGUGGUUUGCCUUAGAACACACAGGUGACUCAGUUCCUCAGUGCUCCCAUAUAUAAUUCAGUUCACCAAACAUUUACUGCUCUGUUUGCAGUGCCAUAGUCAGACCUAUGGAGGACACAGAAAAGAAUACGACAUAGUCCAUGUUCUCAUAUACCUUAUACUCUGGAAAAGGAGGCAUGUGCACAGAUAAUCAUAAUACAAAGCAGAAUGUGCUCGGGACCAUAAUGAAAGUACAGACACAGGGCUGGAUGGGCAGAGGUGCUCAAAAGAGAGAACAUUUCUAGCUGGGGAGUGGUAAAGGUUUGUAUCUGGGUGGAGGUGGGGAA